UUUUAUGUUGUGUCAAUUUUAAAUUGUCAAUGUCUGCACGCCAGUCAACUUUAGGGUAAAGCUUAGUUAAGGAUUGUCCGAAUUGGGUCGAGCAUGAAGCUCCAAAACUGUCCUCCCUAAUUCGAGUGGGAAAAGGAUAAAAUCGUCAAACAAAAAGGAUUCCCAACAACACGCCCGAUAAAUCUAUUUCAACUUGUCUUCUUCAUUGUUCACGUAACAAUCGCUCUUUGCCGUUAAAGUCUGGUACUUGGAACAUACUGUAUUUUCUCUCACACUAAUGGAAAUGGAAAUUGAAGCCUUUGAAAAUGGAAAUGACACUACCGUUACCGAAAUCAACGACCCAUCCACAGAAGAAGGCGGCGAUGAGGACCGCGACGAUUUGGCGGUCAGAGGGCGAGCGCGAAGAGAGCGAGUGAAGGGGCCGUGGUCGCCUGAGGAAGAUGCGAUACUAAUUGAACUUGUGAGCAAGUUCGGGGCGAGGAAUUGGAGCUUGAUUGCGCGUGGAAUCGUCGGUCGUUCUGGCAAGUCGUGUCGGCUUCGUUGGUGUAAUCAGCUUGACCCUGCCGUUAAGCGCAAGCCAUUUACUGAUGAGGAGGAUCAGAUGAUAAUUUCGGCACAUGCAGUACAUGGGAACAAAUGGGCAGUAAUAGCAAGGCUUCUACCUGGAAGAACAGAUAAUGCUAUUAAAAACCAUUGGAAUUCCACAUUACGGCGUUGGGGCAUGGAUCUUGGUGGAAUAAAACCAGAAUCUGAAAAUAUGGUGGAAGAUGCUAGCUUGGACAAAACCAAGGGAUCAUCUGAAGAAACUUUAUCUUGUGCAGAGGGUAGUUCAUUCAGAUCCCUGGAAGGAAAAGAUGUAAGCUCUUUGGAAAAGGUAGAUAAUCAAUUUAAGGGCAAAGCACUAACAGGGAUUCAAUCUAGUCAUGAAUCAAUUGAACCACCUACUCUUUUCCGUCCUGUGGCCCGUAUUGGUGCUUUUAAUGUUUAUAAUAAUGUGGAUGCACCAGAAAUUGUUUCACCAUGUUCAAGGACAGUUCCAAUGCUUGAAGGAGUUUACACUGAACGUUUAGUGCCUCUACAUUGUGGUCUUGGCUGUUGUGGAACUCAAAAUGGUAGAAAUCAAAAUAUUUCUUUGCUGGGGCCAGAGUUUGUGGAAUUUUCAGAACCUCCAUCUUUUCCAAAUUAUGAAUUGGCUGCACUAGCCACUGAUAUAAGUAACCUUGCAUGGCUGAAAAGCGGAUUGGAAAAUAACAGCAUCAGAGAUAUGGAUGAUGCAGCUGGUGGUACAGCAUCUCAUAGAUCUCAAGUGCUCAUGGGACAUUUUGAAGAGAGCGGAACAAGUGAUUAUUUACGUAUUGAAGAGAAGAACAAGAAGUUAAUGGGCAGAAUGACCAACUUGCUGUCAAUAUAAAAUAGGAGGCAAUCCUACUUCCAGCCUCCAGGUUGAGACAUUGCCAUGGCCUUGUAUGUAUUAUUGUGUAGAAGCCUAGAAGGCUGUCAGAAAAAUGAUGAAAAAAAGUAGUUCAGGCUUUUCAAUGGCCUCUUAAUUAACUUGGGAGUGGUGCAGGGAUGGUAUCCUGGUUUCUUCUGUAUUUGAUUUUGAAGUAAACAUCAUCCGGUACUGAACUAUAACAAGGGCUUCAUUGUUUCAAGGUCAUUGCAAUGCUUGACCCAGAUACUUAAAAUGUCAUACUGGUUGAUAAAGUUGAUAGAGGGGAUCUUGUUUACAGAAUUUUACAAAGCCUGUUAACAUCCCUUUACCAGCAUGAAUUGAUGGCAAAGCUUGGAACCAUGGAUUACUUUCUGAUUACUACUCUUCAUCUUUUUUGUUGUGUAUGUAGUUGUUUUCUAAUGAAGUUUUCAUUAACUUUCUUGGGAUCAAGAAUGUCUUCCCUAGAAACCACAUUGGCCUUAUAAUCUCAUUUUACCA